GGAGGGUUCCUUCCAUUUAUGGUUUUUCCACUGCGUCCACUGCUCGUGGCCGUGUCAGAGCGUUUCAACAUUAGAAAAGCUGUCUUCAUCGCUGCUUUCCUACUAUUUCUUGGUUCUCGAAUAUGUUUUCUGCAAGUUCCCGCGAACCCCUCGGCUACCGCCACCUUGGUGAGCAUUAACAGUUCUACUGUACAAUUUCUGUCAGCUCCUUGUCCCGUCGAUGGCAUCCACGUCAUAGAGUGUACGAAGGUGUGCGCGUCACGUAGCACUAACGGUCAAGACAGUACAGUUCCAUCACUUGAUCAGCUUUUAUGUAAGGGACUAAAAAAACAACACUUGUCUGGGGAUUACGGUAGUACAACUGAUUUAUGUCCAGUCAUUUCUCAACAAACGGACAAUGACCUACUUGUUUUUGAAUCUCAAUCAUUUCUUCAUUCAUUAGACAUUUCCCUUCUGCGAAAUAUUAGCACUCUUCCAGGCAGUAAUGAAAGCAUUAGUUGCGAUGAAUAUAUGGCAAACGGAUUUGUCUACCGCGUGAACAAAACCCAUUUGAAUGAUCCGGGGAUGGACGUAUGUUCAAAUUUCACAUCCAUGAUAUGCAGCAAUGCUGGAAUUAUCGCUGAGAGCACUUAUCACGAACAUACAUUUAGUGUCACAUUUUGGCUUUGUUUUCUGCUGUUUUUUGUAUCCAGUCUAUCGGAGUUUGUGAUAAUAAGCGCUUUGGACGCCGUAGCUUACGGACUGUUAUUGAAAACAAAAUCCUCGUAUGGGCUCCAGCGAGUAUGUGGAAGUAUUGGUUACUCUGUCGCUGCUUUGCCCGCAGCUUUUCUGUUGGAUGUUAGCAGUGGAGCUGAAAGCGAGAUCGACUUCAGUAUUCCCGUUUACAUCGGAAGUGGCAUCUUGCUUAUCACGACGAUUGUUUUUGGUACUUUGAAAAUUCCAAGCAAAAACAGGACACAACAAGUACACAAAAUAUUGUGCAAAGUCAUCAAAUCUGCAGAUGUUCUGGUGUUUUUCUUCAUAUGCGCCUUUUUGGGAGCUCUUCAUCUCAGUGUGGAGAUGUUUCUCUUCUGGUAUCUGAAGGAGUUAGGCAGCUCCCAGCUUACUAUGGGCCUGGCUGUUGUGUCACGAACAGCAGGGGAGUUGGUUUGUCUUGUGCUCAGUGGAUUCAUCAUUAAGAAAAUCGGAGAGAUAAAGGCGAUAUACCUGAGCAUUUUGGCGAAUGUCGUACGUAUGGGAGCCUACUCUUUCCUGAACAAUCCGUGGUACGUUCUUCCCAUCGAGCCGCUACACGGACUGACGUUCUGUUUGAUGUGGGCCGCCAUGUCACACCACGCCUCUGUUAUAGCGCCAGCGUCCAUACUCUUUACAUUCCAGAGCGUGCUCAGCGGUAUAAUGAUCAGUAUAGGCGGUGGUUCUGGAGUGUUGCUCACGGGUUGCCUGUUUGACAACGUCGGUCCAGUGUGGACAUUCCGAUAUUACAGUAUCGCUUCUGCGGUUGUGCUGAUCUCCUAUUGCUCAUUACAAACCUGGGUAUUCAACCGCCGGCCAAUAAGUACAAUAAACGAAGAGGUCCAUGUGGAAGAAAUGGAUUCUGCUGUGCCACUGAAGGACAAGAAAGAAAACGUGAAUGGUUAAAUGUAAUGAAUUGUGAUUAGUUGGAGUUGAUUCAGCUUGAUUGGACGCCUUGCCUUUUGAUGCCGUGCCAAUUAUCUGUGGGUGAUAAUAGCAUACGAGCGGGUGGAGAUUAGCAGAACAAUUAUUUGCAACAAUUAAGAUCCAUAAUAUAAAAGGUUGCAUCAUCGCGAGUAACACGAGAACAGCGAAUACAAAACUAUCAUUACCACAAAUAGCCAUUUAAUUAAUAAGACGGGCUGGCGAUUUAAUAUGCAUUGAAUGAAUGAAUACACAGGACGGGUUGACAAUUUCGCAGCUACAGGUCUCAAAUCCGAAUUUCAUUAAUGCGUGUAAUGCACCUCAUAUAAACGGUUCUGACGCAUUAAAAUUGGUUAACAUUCGUUAUCAUACUAGAGGGCUGGCUUGAGAGAUCACCUCAUAUAAACGGUUCCCUCAUUCCUAGGUUUCUAUUAAGACUGUUCACAUUUUGCCCUACAUAACAUAGAAAGAUAUCGUAAAGAACACUUCUUAUUAUGACACAGUAAACAGACAGUGUUAACACAGAGGUGUUCUCAACCCCUUGAAUGAAGUACAUUCAUGGCAUUUGAAUACAUCUACAGAAAAAGGAACCGGUUAACAUCUGGUUAUCAGACUCUUCACAUUCCAGUCAAAAAGGCUCAAACAGCAACAGAUGUUUGAUAUUAACAUGAUAAUGACGUGAUAUAUUUAAAAUGGAAUAAAGUUUCUAAAGUUUGUAUGUUCACAAGAACGCAAAAAAGAUAUAGUUUACGACAAAGGGACAUAUAAUUCAGUGUUUACUUUUUAUAAUAUCGGAUGCGAAAAGUAGUUCUCCAAAUGCUGAAUAGCCCGUGCUGAUAUUCAUCUGAUAUUUAUAUACAGAUUACUGGCUGCAUCACAGGCUGGUGCACUGCUAAUACCUGUUCAGAUAAAUGUUUCAAUGUCGUUGUAGCUUACAUCUAAUCAGAUAACAUGAAAUUUAAUGGUUAUUUUACAUAAAGAUGAGAAAUCCAAGCACAGAACAUAGUUCACAAUUAUGAACUUUGGUGGGUUUUAAUUCUCUAUACAAUAACCUGGGAUAGUAA